CAAUAUUGAAAAUUGGUGAUAAUUAUUUGCGGAGCUAUUUCCGAAUGGAAAUGAGCGAAUCGGUGAUGAGCGGAUGUAGAUAUGUACAAGUCGCCUGUGGCGUCCACCUAUCCUUACGAGUCGUUCCAAGACCGUUUUCUGUUGUCAGGAAACAAAGUGCCUGCCUGUCGUCCUGUAACGUGUACUCGUGUAAUGGUUUUGUCCUCGCACGUGUGUAUUGAAGGCCCUGCAGCGAAUCUCGUUCCAUCCCCUGUACUGCGCAAAUAUCAGCUUUCUACUAAUUCUAGAAUCUAGUAUUAUCUAGGGCUAGAUUAACACUACUGUCAGUGCUCCAGUACUAGUAGUACCCAGUCGAGACCUGCCAUGAAUCCAUGAUGCUGGCUCCGCUGGCUUCCUCCUUUGCUAUGUUCGUGAGCGGUGGAGGGGACACAAUCGGCCGGCGAGCAACGACGUUUGUCAUGAAUUAGCUACACUUGGCAGACGUGACAGCACUGGAGAUGGGCCCGUUGCCGCUGCUGUUGCUUCUGCUGGCCGUGGCGAUCGUAGUGGGGCUGAUUGCAUUUCAUUUGCCAAUGGCAUGGCUCGCUGAAUGCUGCCUUGUUGAAAACCUUUGAACGAGCCUGCCGGUAAACGUGUUGGCUCAGAAGAAUAUAUCAGCGUCGCUUGCAAAGGAGCCAUCCACGACCAAUGCAUGCUAAUUUCAGGGGGUGACUGGCCUGACGGAUGUGGUUGAUGCUGUGUGACCAGUACUAGAACUAGAAUUGAGGGUUGUAAAAUCAACGUAAAGAGCCAAAUGAGCGCCUAGUAAUAGUAGUAUUGUCAAUAUUGAGUACUGCAUAGGAUGAUUGAGUGACCAGUCCCUGGAUAUCUGCUGCUCCCUACUGGUAGUACAUGUACUAGCACUAGCACCGAUGCUUGUCUGUACACGUGAAGUAUUCUAUGUCACUGGUAGAGUGUCAGGCAGAUUGAGAGCUUGUGGCGUAGUGGUGGUGAGACCCAGGCAGGCAAACCAAAGGUUCUCCGACCCAGUCUGAGUCUGACUGACGUUAGCAGCAGACUUUGCUGGUGCAGAUAACAGUGGUGGUUGUUACCUGAAGAUGGUUUCUUGUAGCGCAGGGCUGGUGACUUGACCAGAGUGUGCAUGGGCAGCAGCAAAGCCAGUGAGCUUAGUCAGUGUGCAGUGUGUGCCUGAUACUCGCCACUACACUCACAUUAGUAGUGGUGUUUGGACAACUAAGUCACUGCAAUUUGGGUCAGUUGGAGUGCUACUGCAGUGCAGGUACUGCAUCACAGAUUCUGUAGAAGCCAGGCACCUGGUUGAGUACUCCAUAGAAACAACAGCAUCAAUCAAAUUCAGUGAUAGUAGUGGUAGUAGUAGCAGUGCGAUGGUGUUUGUGGCAUGGUGAGCAGCUGACAGCCAUGUCUGGACAUUUCCUAGCCAGACCUUCGGAGCAGAAUGACUGGCUCUCGCAGGCCACUGUCUUGCAUCCCGUCACGGUGGAGCGCGGUGAUGGAGAUGCCACCACACCGGUGGGGUGCUCUUUACUAGCCGUACUCCGUGCUGCCACCGCCGCUGCACCUCGUAGCAAGAGUCCCGUAUUCCAGCGUAUCAGACCAAAAACAACACGCCGCCGCAGACUGAUUGAAGAGCUCGAAGCAGAGAAGAGGGAAGUAGAAGAGAGUUAUGAGGAGAGCCAGGCGCAGAUUGCAAAGCUAGAGGCAGCCAUUGCCGAACGCGAUGAUAAAAUUGCUCGCCUAUGCAAGGAAGUUGCGGAGGAGAAACAACUUCGCCAGACUGACGCAGAGGCGGUUGCUGCUCGGGCCGAGCAAAUCCGCACCUGGGUUGGAACGAAAGUCACUGAGCUUGAGCAAGAAAACAAGCGGCUUCAGGAGUCUUUGCGACAGGCGGUUUCCGGAUCCAAAAAUCCGAUAUCCCCGACUAGCCAUGGGUAUGACUCGGUGCGACAAUCGUUUCACGAGUAUGACUACCUUCCACAGUUCACGCUCACAGGCUCUAGUGAUGCACACGAGUACGAAGAACCGGAUGAUGAAUUCAAGCGCCGGUUUUACUCGACAACUCCACCAGCUGCACCCCAGCAUGGGGUUCACCCUCAGCCCGUUCCUCCUCGGCGUGAGUCGGCUGGCGCCAUACACAAGCUGUCGCCGAAACACAUCGUUCCAGCCAUUUCUCCGCUGCCAGCUCCUGAUUUCCGAGCGUUAGAGCCAGGCCGUCCCGAGAGACCGCCAACCCCAGACCUGGCACUGCUGUCACCAGGUGCGUCUCCUCUGCCCGCCAGGCACCAGAAUCACUUCAUCUUUGGCAACUUUGAACAGCUGAAAAAGUCCCGUUCAGAAUCGGAUCUAUUAGAUGAUAGUGCCCUGAUGAGCCCGCUGUCGCCUUCAGACCGAAACAAGCGGUCAAAUCCAGAGAUUGCACAACUGCAAACACGGCCCAGUAAAAAGCCUCGCCCGCUCCCUCGUCGACUUGCGAACGGCAAUGUGUCGGUUCGAAAAACGUCUGAACCACCUGAGCCCGGUUCUGUCCUGAAACCGGCAAUCAUACCCCGGCGCAGGGCAAUCACUGAUGGUGAUCUUCUUCUCGGUCCGCUGUCGAGGGAGAGAGAGGACGAAUUUGCGAGGUUCUCCCAUGUCACUGAUCCAUAUGCACGUGUGAAGAAGCGUAGUAAAAGUGAGGACAAUAGCACUGUCGUCCAGGCAUCUGCAGGUGUGCCUAUUCCAGACCGACCAAAAAAGAAUAUUUAUUAUCAACUUGAAACGCCACUGGAAGAGGUGCCCACUGGGAGCAGUCCCGAGAAAGAAGCGGAUACGGCGGAAAUCCGUUCUCGUAGCCCGCUGCGCUUUGCGUCCGCUUCGUCGGAGGCAGCGUCGCCGCCUCCAUCACCUGGCUUCCUACAGCCUCUGUCAGCAUUCACCUCUGUGAACACGCUACCUCGUGGUGGUGAUACCUGGUCACGGGAAUCGUGUGCUCUGCAGCAUGACUACUCCAACAUAGAAGUGAGACCAGAUCACCACACGAAGAGCAACGGCCUAUCGAAUGGCGGUGGUGGCGUGAUGAUGGAGCAUCAGUCACUGCUUCCCGUGUCAUCGUCCGAUUCCGCUCUUGGUACGCUGGAUAAACCGAGCAAUGUGAAUGGAGGUGAUAAGGUUAUGCCAGCCGGAAGUCCUCCAGCAGUCGGUUCAACCAAGCCAGAGUUGCCCAAGCCGCAGCGGAAGCCACCUCCACCGCCUGUUCUGCCAAAGAAACCGCUCCGAUCAAAUGGACUUGCGGCCAUCCCAGCAUCAGUUCCAGUAAUAUCUCACAUGCUUGGUGCAGAUGAGAUGGAUGAUGCCCCACUGUUUGAAACUGUGCCCAGAGGUAAUUCUGUUGGCGUGAGACCCACGAAGAAGAGACCACUGCCGGCGUCCGUAAACAAUGCGGGCUUCCUUGCCAGCAGUGAGGACGAGAGGGAGGACUCCAGACAGGGCGGUAUCCUAACGUGCGACAACACCGGGCUGUACUCUAAUGCAAAGUUUGAGCCGUCGCGAAUGUCGGCGUUAUCGACCGGUGCUCCUGUGUCUUCUGCUAUGCCAAUGGGUGAGCACGAGGCCAAUGCAAAGCGCAGCCGUAUACACAACCUGGCCAAACAGCACAAAAUGCACCGGUCCUUUCACGCGGAUAACGCCUUUGCAGACCCUUUGGUUUCCGGCUCUCCGCCGGCCGGCAGAUCUCGUGCUCAGCCAAAAGUCCUCAGUGAUGGCUCUCUUGAUGAACCAGUCUUGCAAAAGGCCGAUCUUGAGCAUCAAGGUUAUCUAACUAAGCAAGGCAGCAAGGGCAAGGCGUGGAAGCGACGGUGGUUUGCUUUGGAAGGAGGAGACCUGACGUAUUACAAGUUGCGGGAGGACUGUGGUCGGCGGAAACCACGAGGGCGCUUACCACUCGGUGAACUUCAAGCUGUGUCCCGCGAUGAAGAUUUAACCCUGCAGAUCACCACUACCAGCAAAAUGUACUCUCUAACGGCUGACUCAAGCUUUGAAGCCGAUGCCUGGCUGAAGGUCUUUCAGAACAUCUUACGGACCAGCCUUGGCAAGCGCGCUCUUGAAAAGGUGCCGACUCUGCUGCGACCGGAAUACCAAGGUUGGGUGACGCGGAUCCAGAAUGGCCGGGCAAAGCGUUGCUGGGCGGUGAUCGUCCGAGAAAUGCUCCUCUUCUAUCUGAGCCAAGACCGCGAUGAGGAUCCGUUUGCCGACGUAUGUCUGGAAGAGUGCAGUCUCGGAGUUGGCAGCAACACGUCGAAUGAGGAAUCAUCACGCUUCCGCAGUCAGCUGAGCUCGCCACUGCCUGAAAAGUUCACCAUAACUCUGUUCAGCAAUCGUGAUGGAGCGACCAGUCCGACGCAGCCGCAAACGUCCCUCACUGUGUCCGGCAAGGACGAGAAGAGCAAGUGGCUGUACCACCUUACAAUGUCCUGCAAAGGCUUUGAUGAGACGGACACAGAGAAAAUAGUAUCCAUGCUGAUGGACAAGCACCAUCAGAUGCUCUCGGACUUUGAAGGUGAUAGCAAGGUGUGGUGGAAACACCCAGUGUUGUCCUAUUCAAGCAAACUCAUCACACAACCACUGACCACACUGAUGACGGAUGAGCUGGGCCAGAAGGCGGUCGGCUUGUUCAAGAACAUCCAGCUCUUCUGUGAGGUCAAGGUGGAACAGCGCGGCAUUGAGUACCACAUUGCGCAUGUCAUGUCGCUGCUCAAGGACAUCUUCUCCGAACCGGGCCUGCUCGACGAGGUCUACUGCCAACUGAUCCGCCAGUCGCACAACCACCCCAUCCCGAACGGCGUUCAAGUCCAGCAGUGCUGGCGUCUGUUGAUCAUCCUAGUUGCCUGUGGCCUGCCUAAAGCAAAGAAGUUCAACUGGUACCUGCAGCGACAUAUUCAACAUCACUUGGAUUAUGAUGGCGACGUCGCCGUGUUGGCCGCAUCGUGCCAGCGGUUGUUGAAGAGAGUUCACAGCAAUGGUCCUCGCGCUUUGCUGCCCAGUCGCCUAGAGCUUCACUGUCUCCUAUUGGGUGACAUGUCGCAGACAAGACCCGUCAUGCUGCCCGUGGAGUUGAUGGAUGGUACUAAAUAUGCUGUGGAAUGUGAUGCCCUGUCACUGGUCCAGGAGGUCACUGACAACCUUAGUCAGAGACUUGGCCUGCGUGAUACCCUGUGGAGCGGCUUUGCACUGUUCACAACCCAGCCCGGGUGCAAUGAUCAAGAAGAAUACCUGAAGCCAGCAACAAAGAUCUGUGACGCAGUACAGCGAGUGGAGAAGGAGGCAUUAAAGGACUUCCGCAAUGGCCGUCUAGCUCCGGAGAAGCUCUGGCGGCUUGUGUUCAGGAACAGGCUGUACUUCAAAGGCCUUUCCAACCAGGAGACGGAUAUGGAAAAAAAACUACUGCUUUUCCAGAUCCACGAGGAUGUUGUCAAAGGACGGUUCCCUGGAAACGAGGAGUUUGCUAUUGAUAUGAUGGCACAUGUCAUGCAGGUUGCACAGGGGCCUUGUCCGGCUGGCCUGAACUCUCAUCAGCGACAGGGAGCGCUGACCUACUGCGUCAACAACUUCUACCCAAAACGCUUGCUGGAGGAGAGCACAAAGACCGAAAUCCAGAGACUAACACAACGCCUCUGGGUGAAGUGGGACGGGCUUCGGCGGACAGCAAGGGACGAGUGCCUUGCAGCGUAUUUGAGAAUGGUGCGCCGCUGGCCGUUCUGUUCGGCCGUCUUCUUCCCUUGUUUGGUACGCGGAGUCGAUACUUCAUCAUUUCUUCUUGCCAUUCAGGAGGAUAGUGUGUCGUUUCUGCGAACGGACUCCAUGGACUUGGACCACUGCUAUCGGUACGACCAGCUGCUGACGUUUGGUGGCUGCGAUGGUGAUCUGAUGCUGGUCAUUCAGCACUCCACCAAGAAGCUGAGUGCAGCCGCGGCUCGACGCAACACACCAGUCUCUAUAGGCGCCUCCACGGGAGCAGAGACUCUGGAGAAGAGUGGAACGCGAAAGGUGCUCCUGCAGAUGAAGCCGGAAGAUGUGACGGCUGCAACUCUUACCAUUGCCAGCUAUAUCCGGACAUGUGAAUUACAGCAGGAAGCCCUGGAGGCAGCUGCCACUGCCCUUGGACUCUAGUCCGACCAUGCAAGACCCAGAGUCAGAAACGUGAAACCAGCUAUCGCCACUACACUUGCCAGAUUCGCUAGGCUCUUGCGGUGAGUCACCGUGUGCUUAUGUAGAAUGGUCUGAGGCCGGCUAUGACCGUCAUGCACUUGAGCAUGCAGCUAUAGCACCAGCAUCACCGACAAUAGGUUAUGGCAAGUUCAGGUGGUAUGCCCUCCCCUCAACCCCCCCCCCCCCCCCACACACACACACACACACGCACACACUGCAUCACAGAGCAAUAACAGUUAGUAGAACUACUUUGAGCUCUUUUUGGCAGAGACAGAUAUAAUGAAGACUGGGACUCUGUUUUAGGUGCAUUGAUUUUGCCUCAGAGUUGAUCGCACCACGUAUCACAUAUGUGCUUGAGCUACUAAUCGAAUCAUAAUUAUUAUUGAGCAAUGUAGCUGAUGAUGGUAACUCCAAGAUUAGACGAAGAGUCAUCAGUAUAGUAUUGGUGUUUCAUUUAUAUGCUGUCGCUACAAUGACACCUAGUGAAUUCUCCGAAAGAGCUGAAUUUAUCAUUAUCUCGCCAAGCAGAUGCUGUUGAAUGAUAGCCCGGAUAGAUAUCUGCUAGAUUGAUAUUGUAGGAGAACCCAGCUGUGCAAAUUCUUCCUGCCAGAAUUGUAAUUAAUUUAAAGAGAUUUAAAAAAAAGAUCUAUAUUCUAUCAUCAUCAAUUCUGGUGAAAUAUUGAAAUUUUCAUAGAUUUUCGCAAUGUUAUUCCGAGUCAUGUUUUGAGCUAA